AUGUUUACGAGAUCUUCUCACCGAUCCAAAGCCUCUUCCAAGGGCAAGUCCAGCAAGGACAAGUCCGGCAAGUCACACAAGCAGAAGUCUGGCAAGGAUAAGUCCGGCCAGACGGCAGUCAGUACUGGAUCUUCUUCACUUCUCAAGCUGUGGUGUGCCAUUUAUUAUCCUCAGUUCGGAAACUACUAUCACUGGGCAUUUGCUGUCUCGGACACUGCGGACAGUGCCUGGCACAUAUUCGAGGUUACCCAAGAAGUUCAAGACGGACCGUUUACAGCUGUCCAUCGGCGAACGAACCCUACCCGUUCACAGCGCUGCGUGCAGCCUCUCACUUAUCUGGGGCAGAUGCAUGAGGGCAACCUGUCUCCCAUGAUAGAUCAGAUACGACAAAUCACUGUCCCGGGCGAGGCUUUGUCUUGGAAUUGUCAGGAUUAUGUAAUUGAAAUCUGGGACGCCCUACUUGGUGCUGGUAUUGACUUCGGCGGCAGUGGUGGCGACGAGUCUGGGGUGAGUUAUGGGUACGGAGGCUAUGAAGGUUACGAAGACGAUGACCAGGAUGGCAAUCAAAGGAUUGUGUCGGAGGAAUUCGUUUACGACUCCGACGAGUGA